AUGGCUGCAUCGAAUACAGGUGAAACUGUUCGUGUAAUUGUACGAUGUCGACCUAUAAAUCAACGUGAGAUAGAUUUAAAAUCUCAAACAAUAGUUUCUAUGAAUACACAAAUAAAUCAAAUCAUGUUAGAAAAUAUUGAACAAAGCAAUGAACCACCAAAACAAUUCACUUUCGAUGCAGUCUAUCCAGUGGAUUCCGUAACGGAAAAUAUAUAUGCUGACUCUGUUUUUCCACUAGUUGAAAGUGUACUUGAAGGCUACAAUGCAACAGUAUUUGCUUAUGGACAAACAGGAAGUGGAAAAUCAUAUACAAUGCAAGGAAUUAAUACACCCGGAUCUCUACAACGUGGUGUUAUACCUCGAUCAUUUGAGCAUAUAUUCGAAGCUUCAUCAGUUGCAGCUGGUACAAAAUAUCUUAUCCGUGCAUCGUAUCUUGAAAUAUAUAAUGAAAGUAUUCGUGAUUUACUUGGUAAGGAUGUUAAAGCAACACUUGAUCUCAAAGAACAUGUAGAUAAAGGUGUACACGUACCAAAUUUAACAUGGCAUCAAUGUACAAGUGUAGUCGAUUGUGAACGAUUGAUGGAUAAAGGAAAUAAAAGUCGAGUAACGGGUGCUACACUUAUGAAUAAAGAUUCAUCACGAUCUCAUUCAAUUUUUACUAUUCUUACGGAAAUGUGUACUCGAAGUGAACUUGAUGGAAAAGACCAUAUUCGAGUAGGAAAACUUAAUUUAGUUGAUUUAGCAGGUAGUGAACGACAAUCAAAAACACAUGCCGAAGGUGAACGUUUACGUGAAGCCACUCGAAUUAAUUUAUCACUUAGUGCCUUGGGUAAUGUUAUUUCUGCUUUGGUGGAUGGUCAUUCUAAACAUAUACCUUAUCGAGAUUCGAAACUAACACGUCUUUUACAAGAUUCACUUGGUGGUAAUACAAAAACAUUGAUGAUUGCUGCUAUAAGUCCAGCACAUGAUAAUUAUGAUGAAACACUUUCAACAUUACGAUAUGCUAAUCGAGCAAAAAAUAUCAAAAAUAAGCCUCAUAUUAAUGAAGAUCCACGUGAUGCACAAAUGAAAUUAUUACAAGAAGAAAUAAAUCGUCUUAAGCAAGAACUUCUUAAUGCUAGUAAUAUAACUCAUAGUAAUCAAUUAUUACCAUCUGAUGGAAUAAUAAUAAAGGUCGACUAUGAUGAAGAAAUUGAAAAAGAAAAAGAAAGAUUACGUGUUGAAUUCGAACGUGAAGCAUCCGAAUUACGUAGACAAUGUAAAGAAGAACGUUUAACUAAAGAAGAACUACAACGAAAAUAUAACGAUUUAAAAGGACAAUAUGACAAUGAAAUAGAUGCACUUAAUUAUAAUAAAAAUAAUCAAAAAGAUCAACAAUUAAAUAAUGAUCGUAAUAAAACUAAAAAGAAAAUUAAUUCUAAUAAACAAAAACGUGAUGAACAAAUAUCAUUUAAUGAUCAAUAUGAAAAUGAUGAUAAUAUAUCAAUAUCUAUCGAUCAAAUGGAUUCACAAGAAAAACUUCAACGUUUACAUGAAUUAGAAAAUAAACUUAUUGGUGGUGAAGAAAUAAAUAAUGAAGAAAAAAAAAAGAAACGAAAAAAGAAAUUAAAUGAAAUGCGUGAAAAACAAGAACAACGAAAACGUUUUACUAGAGCAAUUGAUAUCAAUGAUGAUGAUAUGAUGAUGAAAGUAUUUGAUAAUGUUCAAGAAGAGCUUCAUUUUACAUCUAAAAAAUUAGAACAAAUACAUACAGAAAAUAAACGUUUGAAAAAUGACAAUGAAGAUUUACAACAUGAAUUUGAACGUGAUCGUCAAGGAUAUUUAAAUACAAUACGUACACAAGAAAAACAAUUACUUCUUUUUCGUACAAUCCUUGAAAAAAUGAGUAGUACUAUGGAACGUAAUUGUAAUUAUACAAAUAUAGAUAAAAUUAUUAAUCAAGCUCGUUAUGAUGAAGAAAAAAAUGAAUAUAUUGUACCAGAUCCAAUUAAAGAAGAAAUUCAAUUUCCACAAGUUGGAAAUUUACCAACGUCAACAAAUGGACGUAUAUUUCAAAAUGAUUUUAUUUCACCAUCAAAAUCUUUAUUACCACAACCAACUGAUUAUAAUUAUGAUUAUAUUAUACCAUCACAAUCAAAUAAUGUUUAUCAUAAUGAAAUAUCAAAUAUGAAUUCUGAAGAACUUGAACGACGUUAUGGACGUAAUAUUGAUAUAUCAAAUAUUUCAUUUGGUAAAACACGUAAUAAACGACAAGAACAAUUAUUAAAUCAAAAUGCUUUAUUACAAAACACAAAAGUACGUCCAUUACAAAUGAAUAAUAAUAUAGAUAAUGAUUAUAUGAAUCGCCGUCUUAAUCCAUUUGAAGCACCAACACGACUCACUCGUAAAUAUGGUUUUUCAACAGAGAAACAGUAA